ACAAUCCUGAGACGACACCCACAGACCAAACACACACACACAACAUUACAUUUGAACCACUAAACACACUUAUCUAUCACACACACAAACACAUGGCGACUUCCUUUUCCGUCUCCAGACUCCUCUCUUCCUCCGCCAUCUCCGUCGCCAAACCGUUACUCUCCCCAACCCCAUCCUUCGCCGCGCCAAUCUCCUUCACCCGCUCUCUCGCUCCAAACCUCUCCCUCAAACUCCACACCCGCCGCACCUCCAUCGCCGCCGCCAGAUCCUCCUCCUCAACAACAACCAUCUCCGCCUCCAUAUCCGUCGGAGACAAACUCCCAGACUCCACCCUCUCCUACCUCGACCCCGCCACCGGCGACGUCAAAACGGUCACCGUCUCCUCCCUAACCGCCGGCAAAAAGACCAUCCUCUUCGCCGUCCCGGGCGCCUUCACCCCGACCUGCUCGCAGAAACACGUCCCCGGAUUCGUCUCCAAGGCCGGAGAGCUCAGAUCCAAAGGCGUCGACGUCAUCGCGUGCGUCUCGGUGAACGACGCGUUCGUGAUGGAGGCGUGGAGGAAGGAUCUCGGGAUUAAUGAUGAGGUGAUGCUGUUGUCGGACGGGAACGGAGAGUUCACGGGGAAGCUCGGCGUGGAGCUGGAUUUGAGGGAUAAGCCUGUGGGGCUCGGGGUUAGGUCGAGGAGGUACGCGAUUCUGGCGGAGGAUGGGGUUGUGAAGGUGCUGAAUCUCGAGGAAGGAGGCGCUUUCACCAACUCUAGUGCUGAGGAUAUGCUUAAAGCUCUUUGAUUCCCGAUCCUGUUUUCUCUUUGUGUGUUUUUUUUUUGAAUUUUCCUGAAGCUUUUCAGAUUCUAUGUAUCCAUCCAUCAUCGGAUCUGUAACGGAAUAAAACAUAGGGAAUCGUUUUUGUU